AUGUCUAUUCGGGCUUUCCUCUCUACGCGAACAUUCCCUCUCCCCAAGACCCUGUCCUCUACCCUCCCGCGGCUCAUUUCCACAACCACCGCCACCACUCCUCCGCGCCCUCCUCCGCGCCUUCCCCGCUACAUCCCCUCCCAACUCGACUCCGUCGAAAACCCAGAAUGCUAUCACCCCUGCGGUCUACCUCCCCUCUCCAUCCACGAUGCAUUGCACAACGGGCCGCAUAGGUAUAAAAUACUGCAUAAACUCGGUUUCGGCGGAUCCUCUACUGUUUGGCUAGCGAGGGAUUCAGAAGGAGGGAGGUUGGUUACAAUCAAAGCGAUGAGGGCUGACGUACUCGCUGGGCCGAAGACGAUCGACGACCUCCCCGACGUCCGCAUCCCUAACCUCCUCCACGCCACUUCUGUCUCGAAACACCUCCUCACCCCCCUCUCCGCCUUCACCCACCUCACCCCCAACGGCCUGCACCCCUUCCUCGUCUUUCCCUUCUUCGGACCGAGCGUGCAGGCUAUGUAUGAUACCCCCGGUCGAGUGCGCGGGAGUAGGCGGUUGAGGGGGGAGGUGGCGAGGAGGGUAAGUAGGGAGGUUGUGGUGGCGGUUGGGGGGAUGCAUGGGAGGGGAGUCGUACAUGGGGGUGCGCUCUUUGUCUCUUCUACUCCCUUUUCUCUCGGUGCCGUCUCCACUGUAUUUAAAACUGAACCUGCGGGUAUAGAUAUCACGACAUCCAACAUCCUCUUCCGCCUCUCCCCCGCCAUCCAGUCUUGGUCCGACACCUACAUCAACGCCUACUUCGGACCCCCAGAAAUCGAACCCGUCCGUCUCCGUCCCCCUCACCAGGACGAACCCCUCGGACCCCACGUUCCACCUGAACUCGUAGCUCCCAUCGCCGACUCACUCAUGCGCGACCUGAUGUACGUGCAGGAAAGUGUUGUGUUAAUCGAUUUCGGACAAUCCUUCUCCAUCGACUCCAACGGUGUCCCUCCGAAGGAUUACCAGCCUGGAACAUCACUAAACUACCUCGCGCCCGAAACGUACUUCGAAGGCCGGACAGGUUUCCAGACUGAUAUCUGGGCCCUUGGCUGCGCGAUAUUUGAGCUCAGGGCGGGGUUUCCGUUAUUUGAGGCAUUUUUGGGCGGUGCGGGGGAUGUUGUGCGGGAAUGGGUUGAGGUGCUAGGCGAGAUGCCUGAACCGUGGUGGGAGGCGUUCGAAGAGAGGAGGGGUUAGGAUGGGAUGGAGGUAUUGGCGGGGAAGACUUCGAUCCGAGAGAAAUUGAGGGAGAUCGGGACGAUGGAUGAGUCCGAUGGGUAUGAGCGGCGGAUGAUGGAGGUGCCGGGGACGAGGUUGGGCGAGGACGAGGUAGAGUUAUUGGGUGAUUUGUUGGAGGGGAUGGUUAGGUGGCGGCCGGAGGAGCGGCUGGGGAUUAGGGAGGUGUUGGAGCAUCCGUGGUUUGG